AUGAAUUUCAGCUUACCUGAUGCUCUUGUUUUAAUUAAAGAAGGAAGGGCUAAUGAAGCAGUUGAUUAGUUGAAUAAAUUUAUUGAAUGCUUAUAACCUUUAAGUCCUUAAACUUAAUUGUUGGGAUAAUAACUUGGAAUAGAUUGUGACUUUUUUAGGAUUGUUAAAUUUUAAGAUUUUUAUGAUCCUGAUCCAUAAGUUUAGGCAUUACGUUUUAAAUAUUAUGCAUACAAAGUAGCAAGUAAUUAUAACAAUUUGAUAUAUUAGAAUGGGGAUAUUAGAUUAUUUAAUAAAAAAGAAAAGUGAAACGAAGACAUGAUUUAAUUGAGAAAUCAGAAUAAUUUGGUAUCUAGAAUGAAAUAGGAAGAACAUUUGGGGUUGAUAUGGAAUCAAAGUAAUUGAUAGAGUCUCGUUUGUAAUCAAUAUCAGAGAAAUUAUAGAAAAAGAAACAAAUAUUCUAAAAAUAAUUAUUAUGUUAAUUAGAUAUUGAAAAGAAACGAACUGACUAUAAAAUUUAAUAAGAAGAUAAGAUAGAGAAAGUAAGAAAAGCAUUAAAAACAGAUUAUGAUAAUAAAAUAGUUGCUGUAAAAGAUCAUUUAGAGAAAGUUAAUGAGAAAUUAAAAAAUAAUAAUAAAAUGAAAAAGAAAAUGGAGGAUGAAUUAAUAAACAAAAGAGGAGAAUUAUUAAAAAAUGCUUCAUUAAUGUAAUAAUAUAUUUAAUAAAAAUGUAUUAGUGAUGAAAAAAUAAAUAAAUUAGAGGAAAUGAGAAAAGAAUAGAUAGAACAUAUGAAAUAAGCAAGAUCAAUAAAAAAAUAAAGAUAACAUUCUUUUUAAGAAAAAUAAAAUUAAAAAUAUGAAGAAUAUUUAGAAAGAAUGAAAUAGAAAUUAGAUUAAAAAAGUAAUUUAUAUUAUAUAUAAAUAAAAAGGAGCUGUUGAAUUUCAUUCUGAAAAUCAUAAAGAUUUUGGUAAAAGACAAGUUUAUGAUAAUUAUGAAAAAAAUCUUGAAAAUAUAAUACUAAAAUAUUAGAAAUCAUAACCAAUAAUAAAUAAUUUACUUGCAAAAUCAAUAGAAUAAGUUCAAUAAAAAAAAUAAAUUGAAAUUGAAAAAUUUUAAAAAGUGAAAUCUAAUUAGAAAUUACAUUUAAGUACUCCCAGAAUAGAACCUAGAAAAGUUGAAGAUGUUUUGGAAAGAAAGGAAAAAAAAUUAUAAGUUGAAACAAUUUUAAGAAGAGAAACAUAUUAAUAAAGAGUGUUAAAUUUUCUUUAAAAUCGUUAACAAUUAUAAAGAUUAUAAUCUUAAUAAAUUGAAAGAUAUAAUGAAUUUUAUACAAGACAAAGUGCAAGAUUGAAAAAUAUGAGGAAUUCUCAUGAAUAAAUGAAAUCUACUGUAAAGUAAUUAUUUAUAUCUAUCUAUUUAAGUUUUGCUUUAAUGUAAGCCAAUAAAAUUGAAGAAUAAACAGCUUUAAAAAUAUCAAGGGCAAUUUAAUUAAUAAAUGAUCCUGAUUUAUAAAUGUAGUUUAAACCAAAUGAAAAAUUAAGUACACAAUAAAAAGUAGCUAAGAAAAAGUAAGAAGAAAUGUAAUAAUUACUAAAAUCAUUUGUAACAAGUGAAGUUGAUUUAUUGAGAUUUUCUAAAUCUGUAACUGAAGUUAAAAAUGAAGAAAAUUAAUAAUAAAAAUGA